AUGACAACUCGUAGCUCAAUGCAAGCCUCAUCAAGCACCCUCCUCGUUCAACCCACCCUCGCCCUCCUCGCCGAUCCACCCAGCAAAUUCAUCGACGCCCCAGCAAUGGACUACUUCCUCAUCGAAAUGGUCAACACACUCAAACAAUCCGCCGCAUUCGCCACCGCCCGCUCGAAGAAGAUCGAGCAGGAGAUGAUAGAAGCGGGGUUGAUACCGCCCCCCGCGCCGUUGCCCCUCAAUCUCAAGAAGGAGGGUGCGAGAGAUUCAGUGACGAGCCUUGCUUCGCGCAGUGGGAGUGCAGCUGGGAAGGGGGGCGUCGACGAGGAGGAGGAAGCUGUUAGAGUGAGAUUGGAGGCUAUUGGGAUGCACGUUGGCGGGAAUUAUACUGAACGGCUAUGUCGUGACCGACCGAUGUUCGCUGAAACGCUGGACGUUAUCAAGUUUAUCUGCAAAGACAUCUGGUCGUCGUGUUGGGACAAGCAGGUCGAUAAUUUGAGGACGAAUCACCGAGGCGUAUACGUGCUCCAAGAUAACGCAUUCAAGCCAAUAACGCGGCUAUCGUCUUGGGAAGGCCGUCCGGAAGCCAUCAGGCGCGCGAAGUUAUACGCAGCUAUGCCAUCAGGCAUAAUCCGCGGUGCUCUUUCACGGUUAGGAUACAACGCUACAGUCGUACCAGAGAUCACAUCGAUGCCACAGUGUACGUUUCAGGUCAAGCUACCGAAGGGGGCGUAA